AUGAUCAAAAGAGCUGUAUUUGCCAGAGAAUUGGGAGUUCCUAUUGUAAUGCAUGACUACUUAACAGGGGGAUUUACUGCAAAUACUAGUUUGUCUCAUUAUUGCCGAGAUAAUGGCCUACUUCUUCACAUCCACCGUGCAAUGCACGCUGUUAUUGAUAGACAGAAGAAUCAUGGUAUGCACUUCCGUGUACUAGCUAAAGCUUUACGUUUAUCUGGUGGAGAUCAUAUUCACGCAGGUACAGUAGUAGGUAAACUUGAAGGAGACAGAGAGUCAACUUUGGGCUUUGUUGAUUUACUGCGCGAUGAUUAUGUUGAAAAAGAUAGAAGCCGCGGUAUCUUUUUCACUCAAGAUUGGGUCUCACUACCGGGUGUUCUGCCUGUGGCUUCGGGGGGUAUUCACGUUUGGCAUAUGCCUGCUUUGACCGAGAUCUUUGGAGACGAUUCCGUACUACAAUUCGGGGGCGGAACUUUAGGCCACCCUUGGGGAAAUGCACCGGGUGCCGUAGCUAACCGAGUCGCUCUGGAAGCAUGUGUACAAGCUCGUAAUGAGGGACGUGAUCUUGCUGUCGAGGGUAAUGAAAUUAUCCGUGAGGCUUGCAAAUGGAGUCCUGAACUAGCUGCUGCUUGUGAAGUAUGGAAGGAGAUCAGAUUUAACUUCCCAACCAUCGAUAAAUUAGAUGGCCAAGCAUAG